AUGGUGGGACUGGCACAAGUGGGACGGCCUUGGAAGAAGGACCGUGCUAAACGUCCUUCUUCCUCGGCUCAACAGAAUUCACCAAAAAUCCAUGAAGGCUGGUGGGCGUACAAGGAGGUGGUCCAGGGAAGCUUUGUUCCAGUUCCUUCUUUCUGGGGAUUGGUGAACUCAGCUUGGAAUCUUUGCUCUGUGGGGAAACGGCAGUCGCCGGUCAACAUAGAGACCAGUCACAUGAUCUUCGACCCCUUUCUGACGCCCCUGCGCAUCAACACUGGGGGCAGGAAGGUCAGUGGGACCAUGUACAACACUGGAAGACAUGUGUCCCUGCGCCUGGACAAGGAGCACUUGGUUAACAUAUCAGGAGGACCCAUGACAUACAGCCACCGGCUGGAGGAGAUCCGACUACACUUCGGGAGUGAGGAUAGCCAAGGGUCGGAGCACCUCCUCAACGGACAAGCCUUCUCUGGGGAGGUGCAGCUCAUCCACUAUAACCAUGAGUUAUAUACAAAUGUCACAGAAGCUGCAAAGAGCCCUAAUGGAUUGGUGGUAGUUUCUAUAUUUAUAAAAGUUUCUGAUUCAUCAAACCCAUUUCUUAAUCGAAUGCUCAACAGAGAUACUAUCACAAGAAUAACAUAUAAAAAUGAUGCAUAUUUACUACAGGGACUUAAUAUAGAGGAACUAUAUCCAGAGACCUCUAGUUUCAUUACAUAUGACGGGUCGAUGACUAUCCCACCCUGCUAUGAGACGGCAAGUUGGAUAAUAAUGAACAAACCCGUCUAUAUAACCAGGAUGCAGAUGCAUUCCUUACGGCUGCUCAGCCAGAACCAGCCGUCUCAGAUCUUUCUGAGCAUGAGUGACAACUUCAGACCCGUGCAACCACUCAACAACCGCUGUAUCCGCACCAACAUCAACUUCAGUUUACAAGGGAAGGACUGUCCCAACAACCGAGCCCAGAAGCUUCAGUAUAGAGUAAAUGAAUGGCUCCUCAAGUAGGGAACGAGACCAAGAAGAAUCUCAAGAAGAAAUGCUACAACUUUGAAUUGAUGUAACCUAGAAUACCCCCCUCUUUCUUCUCUCUCCCUCUCUCCCUCAAGCCUCAUUCACUCUUUGGAUUGGCCCUUUCUUCAUGAAAAGUAUCUGCAAAACCAUGGCAGAGGAACACGUCUCUUCCACACACUCAGACACACACACACACACAUACACGGACACACAUGCAAACAUAUCUACAAAUAGAAACACUCACAUGGCCUCCAGGAUGGGAAGUCAAGUUUCAGAAAAUACAGGCUCGUUCAAAAGAGGUCUUAGAAGAAAACAACCAGUUAACCUGAUUACAAUUUUGAUACUGUUUUCCUGAACUAAUAAAUCUACCCAAUGAGACUUUUCAGCCUUUGUACAUACAAAAUUCUUCCAAAUGAGAGAGAGGAGAAAACAUAGCUCCAACAGCAUCAAGCGGACUUUGUUCUUGGCAUCAAGUUAUCUCGGGUGGUGUCCUAGGAUCCUCUGGUGACAGGUGAACCAGGAUAAAGUUGGCCAAGGACACUUAUUCUUCUGUUUACUCCCCCAAAAAAAUUAAAAAGAAAAGGACAGACCUUGAAGAGAUACACAUUGUAUAUAUAUCACUGCAGACUAUAAAGAAAUGGAAUUAUUUCCCCUCUUCGUCACAUAUCUGUAAUAGGAUUUGCCAAGAUCAGAAUCGAUCCAUUCACUGUUUCUUGUUUUCCAAAGGUCAUACAUUGUGUUUGGUUAUUGUUAACAGCUCAAUAAAUGUGUUUAACGAGUUAAUUUCAUUUUUCCGCCUUUGGUCUGUUCUCCUUCCUUACAGGCGAAGCCCUGAUUCCAUUACAACUGCAUUCUUUGAUUUCUCUUGUUCCUUCAUCUACAUGUUCUGUUCAUUUGCAGCCAGUUUUGACUGAGUUUGUGGCAAUCAGGAAUGCAUUUGCUAAGCAAGUAUAACUUUUAAUUCCACUCCAUGGCUCGAUCAUUCAUACAAGGUGAGCUUCUGCCUGAGACAGCGGGCGACAGAUUUCUUGCGUUUCAAAACUGCCAUCCCCCUCCCACCCCUGUGAUGCUCCCUUGAAGGAAUGCACUUUGCCUUGUAAAUUCCUGGGAAGGGGGUGUCUUUUCUCUCCAGGUGCAGCCGGAUAUCACAAAAUACAAACGAAUGCCUUUCUUUCCUUGUUUAUAAUGGUCACUCACUGUGUUUGGGUACUGUCAAGAAAUCAAUAAAUGUGUUUAAC